GUUAUUUAAUCGUCGUUUAGAUCGAACGAUAUUAUCGAAAGGGCUCUCCACUUUAGUGGCUUGUGAUCUGACUCCAAGGUGUUUGUAAUGAUGAUUGAUAUUGAAAUAUAUAUGUCGUCUCUCCUCGUAUAACAAGGUCAGAAUGUGACUCAAGUAGAAUGAAUAGAAUGGGCUAUCCGAAAGCUAGAAUAAGGUAAUAUGGGCUUAAAAUAAUCACCGACACGACACCAUAGUGUUCAUCUAUCAUUUCUUUCAUUUUCCUUGAUAUUACAGAAAAAUAACUAGUAAUAUAUCUCCAAAACCACAACCAACAACAAAUCCAUCAAUAUCCAAUAAUAAUAAUAAUAAUAAUAAUAAUAAUAAUAAUAAUAAUAAUAAUGAUUUCGAAUCAUUGGAUUAUUCAACUGGAUCAGAUAAAUUUAUAUUAACUCCUACAGAACGUCAACGUAUUAUUGAAGAAGAACGUACACGUUUAGAAUCAUUUGUAUCUACUGCAAGACAGCAUAAAUUUUCAGAUCAUCAUCAUGAUCAAAAUAAUAUAAAUAUGAAUGAUAUAAAUCAACAAAAUUAUUAUUCAAUGAAAUCCGAUAAUGAUAAUUUUCUCGAUUUAUUAUCAUUUGAUGAAUUAUCUCAAACAAAUGCUAAACAACAAUUCAAUAAUUUUUUGUCAUCUAUUGAACAGAAUUCCAUAAUAACAUCUGAAAAGAAUCUACUUGAGUGUCCAAUUUUAAGUUAGAAGAAGACCAAAGACGGUCACACCAAGCCUAUGUCCAGGAAGAACUGUCUUCUACUUUUCCUCAUGUUUUGAAAGAUACAAAUUCAUGUAAUUUCAAUGAUGUUCCAACUAAUUCAUUACCAUUUGGGUCGAAUAAAAGUCCACCUUUACUUCUCUCUGCUCAGUCAACCUCAACUCUAGUUCCUGUGGCAAUAUCCCCUGGUCAGUUGCAUUCUACAAAUCCAUUUUUAUUCAAUACUCAUCCUCAGUUAUCGAUUACAUCCAAAGACUUCAUGUCGAAUCAGCGAGUUUCUGCUAAUUCAACUUCCACAUCUCCGCAAAUGCAGUCUAAUUCGAAUACUAUUCCGUCAAAAUCAUUAAUUUCACUAGACGAUAAAAUCGCUCAAAUAGCUGGAAAUUUGUCUAUUUGUGACAGUUAUUCAUCCACACAAGCUGGUCGUAUUUAUCGUGCUCCCGAUGGAAGUUUAUCUACAAUCAAUUGGUCUGGAACUAUGCCAUGUGUUCAAGUUUCAACAGUAUCUAAUCAACAGAUGUCACAAGUUUCAACUAUUCAUCAAUCACCUUCUUUGAAUCAAAUUAUAGGUCCAGUUAAUACUAAUCAUCAACCAACUGCUUCGAUUCCAUUGAAUCCGACUAAUCCAUGGGCUGCAUCAGCUCAGUCUAAUGUGAGUUCAUUCUCAAGUCGGUGCGCUUUUAAUCUUAAAUAAAUUCGAUAUUUAUGUAACUCAAUUCAGGAGCUAAGUAUUUUAAUGUGGUAAUUAAGUUUGUCUAGCAUUUGAAUCCAAGCAUUAUCAGUGAACAGUAGUUUCUAGUUUUUUUUUAUUAUUUACCUGUUGUCACCUCGUAUGUUUUGUGUAAUUUUUAAUCAUUUUCUGUUUUAUUUAUUUCACGAUGCCAACCCCCACCUUGUUAGUAGUUAAAAGGUAAUAGUAUUUCUUCUUGACCAUCAUCAACUGACUAUGUUCUAUCUCUCUGUUUUCAAUAUUGUAGGUGUUCCAUCUUACUUUGGAGAUCUAGUGGUCCUUCUGGAACACAUUCCGUGUUUUAAAGGCUUACAAGCCCACCGUCUGAAUGUGAUUUUGUGGGGACCGCGGCUCACUGGUCUUUGUAUACAUAAUGGUAUCACACCGAAAAACAACUUAAAAAGUUCGCAAUUUUACUUGCCCUGCAUAUGUAUAAUCUACUUGCAUACUAGUUAACACACAAACUUUCAUACGAGUACCCACCUGGAAGGGUAGAUGUUCACCGUUCCCUUUGAAACGUAUUUGCUACAACAGAAUAUCUCUUAUACAUUACAUCCAUAUUAUUCAGUGCAUAGAUACCAUCCCUGUACUUCCUGACGCACACAAGCAUAAGCACGCUCUCGAGGGAGGUUGUUAGUCGCCUCACGCUAGUACUUGGUACCACCUAUUAUUAUUAUGUCUUCGACCUGAUGGAUAGGUCGCUGAUUUUGUUAAACAUAUGGCUGACAUUUUGCAACUAACAUUUCCUUUGUACGACACCAAACACAUACCUCUUGCACAUAUAUACAUGAACUACAUAGGCCUGAGGACUUCUGAAAUUCUUAUUCAUAAGCAUGUGCAUCAAAUAGCUCGUUACAGUUAAGUGGGCCUCGAGUUGGAAUCCGAGUUAAUCAAUCACUAGUCCGAUCUCUAUCGACUGCUUAAUUUGGCUAUCAGGGUUGCCCUCACUAUCCAGCAGCGCUGUGAGGAGAUCUUGGGUCGCAUUUUGCUUCAUUCUCUAUAAUGAAUGCCCCAAUCCAAUUAUUUACACUUAAGUUAUUACUAAAUAGCUAUAAAACAGCAUUAUUAGUCGGUGGUUAUCGUAAUGUGUUUAGUGCUCCCUAUUAGUGCCCUGAUACAGUCGAAAUUUAGGCAAUUCUCCCCACAGGUAAUAUAGAGAUUGUCAGGGAAUUCCUACUUAUUAUCUUCUUGUUGCGUUAGUAUUGUUUACAAAAUUGAAAGAAUGCAAAGCAAAUAUCCUGUGUUUUAACACCAGGUUAUUGAUGAGUAAGUAUAAAAGAUCCAUUUAGAAGAGUUGGAUAAACUCUGAUUCCGAGAUGAUAUUUUCUUUAGAAUAACAUUCACAUAUUUUAUUGUUUCAUUAAGAUUCAUUGUGAAUAAUCAAAUGCAUUCAUUAUCACCAUGAUAAUAUUGUUAGAAUCCAUGAUUGAAUUCUUGUUUCUUUCUUUCUUUCUUUCUGUCUUUUCAUCUUUCUAUAGAUUUCAUAUCAAACUCAAUCAUUUAUGAAUAAUCCUAUUCUAUUGAAUAAUAAUAAUGGAAUAGUUCAUCGUUCAAUGAAUAAUCCAUUUCUUUGAUAAAAAAAUUUUUACUUAUCAUCUAGGUAUUCUUGUUGGUUCAACCACUCCAUAUAUAUAUAUAUAUAUAUAUAUAUAUAUAUAUAUAUAUAUAUAUAUAUAUAUAUAUAUAUGUGUGCGUGUGUUUGUGUAUCCAUCAUGAACGAAUUAAAAAAAGAGGAAAGACAUAUCCUUCCCUAUCUCUUCAUCAAUUAUUUUAUUGAUUAAUCGAUUGAUUUCUUUUUCCUGCCUUUCUUUAUAUAUAGAUGCAUACAUGUGUGUGUGUGUGUAUUGUGUGCAUGUCUAUCCAACUGAAUUUUUGUCUGUCAUUAAGUACACGGAGUUAUAAUUCACCUUUCUUUCUAUGAUUAUUAUUAUUAUUAUUAUUAAUAAGUAGUAAGUGUAUAAAUGGGGAAAUAAGGAUCAGUAUUGUAUGUUGUUCUGUUUUGCACUCGAGUUGUGUUUGUUUCUUCCAUUCAUUCAUUCAUUUAUUUAUUCUAAACUUACAGAUGAAGAAUUUUUACAUGAUUGUGUUUGUGUGUUUCUAUGCCGUUGAUAAUAUUUUAUGUUAUAUAUAUAUAUAGAAUAAUAAUAGGUCUCUUUUUAUUUUGUCACACAAUAAUGACCCCAUUGUGUUCCAAAGAUGUAUAUGCCUUUCUUUUUUCUUCGAUGUAUGUUGUGCAGUGUGUGCAAGUUAUAUAUCUGUAUAUUCUCUUAACAUAUUGUGACAUUCAUAUCAUUGAAAUUAUACCGACCUAUGCUUAUAAAUAUCCUAUAUAUAUACAUUCAUCUUAUCAUAUGGCCUAUAGACGGUUAAAUGAAUUGACCUAUUGUUACUUUAUUUAAUGCCCCCUUCCUUCCCUCCCCUCUCCUUCUUCUUUUUUAUGCUUUCAUUUUACAUCAUCUGUUUGUUACAAAUGAGAUUUCUGUGUAUGUGUGUACGGGUGGGUUCCCAACUAUUUUUGUCUUUCUAUUUAAAUAAAAUUGUCUUUUCACAUUUGUCUGUUUACUGCUGAUUAAUAAUACCCUACCCCUAGAUCUAUUAUUAUUAUUACUAUCUUUGGUCUUUGUUUCACAUGUUCCAAUAAUUGUUUAUCCCUUUUGAGUUCUUUCAGACACAUAUAUAUAUACCCCCACCCUCUCUCUCACACUCUCUAUCGACAUAUAUACUUCUUUUAUUUUGUUAAUUGUAUACGUCAGACUGAAAUUAUUUUUUUUUCGUUUCUUUUUCCUCUUUAUCUUCUCUUCUUUGUGUUUCUUCUUUAUUUCAUGAUGAGUUUUAUUCUUAUUGGGUAGGUAGGUAACCCAUUCCUUCUUUUUUUUUCUUUUUUGUUUUUCAUUUCUCAUUUUUAAUAAAUAUACAUUGACUAUUUAAUAAAAGUAUUAAAAUAAUAAUUAAAUUAACUUUCUUGGUCUAGCUUCAACUGACUCAUGAUUUCAAUCUGUGAAAAUUUCUAAAAAUCUCCACAAACCCCUUCUGAUAAUAAUCAUCUGCUCAUUAUUGACUGACUUCAAGAGAUACUCCUGGACUUCUAGUGGGAAGCCGUUACCAGUGGAGUACAACCAGGUCUGUUGUGAGAUAUCAGCUCACUGAAGACAAUGGUAUAUGGUGGCGCAACUUUGUGGAUUGGUUAAAGUUAGACAUUAACACCAUUGGAUGCCGGCUCAGUGGUCUAAUGCUUAAGUGCUCGCGCGCGAAGCCAGUAGGUCCUGGGUUCGAGCCCCGCGUGGUGCGGGAUCGUGGAUGCGCACUGCUGAGGAGUCCCAUACUAGGACGAAACGGCCGUCCAAUGCUUCCAGGUUUUCCAUGGUGGUCUAGCUUCAACUGACUCAUGAUUUCAAUCUGUGAAAAUUUCUAAAAAUCUCCACAAACCCCUUCUGAUAAUAAAUUAUGGUAAUAUUGUUUAUUGAAUUGAUUUGUUGUUUUUUUUUACUUGUAUCUUCUCAUUGUUAUUUAGAACUGCAGUUGAUCAGUCUCAUAAGGGUAUAUGUACAUCCUGUACGGAUUACCUCGAUAUAACUUUAAGUCACAAAAUUUUUCAAGCAAAGAUGAAUAGUGGCUAGCAGGAGAAUCCAGUUUGACGCGGGUUUCACCAUUUUUGGGAAUCAUCAGCU